AACGCAAGGAGAGUAGAGCGUCCUGCCUCGCGCCGAGGGACGCAGCCCCGUGGCUCCCCGCGUCGCCGCUCGACCGUCCCGCCUGGCCGUGCUCCCCGCGCCUCCGCUCGCCUCUACUCCCACCCACCGGCCGCCGCCGGCCGCGCCACCCAGCUGGUGCCGUGCGGCUCGACCCAGGCCGCCGGCGCCUCCGCGGCGCCGCCCCCGCUCGCCGGAGCUCGGCCUCCGCCGCCGCGCGCUGCCCAGUCCUCCGCUCCUUGCCGGCCGCCCCGCCCUCCGCCUCAGCUCGCCCGUGCGUCCGUGGCUCCCUGAGCCGGCAGCCGGACCUCGCGCAGCCCUCAUGCGCCGCAAGAAGCACUUGGACCGGGGUGGCGGCGGCGGUGGCGGCACGGAGCUCUUCAUCUGCUUCACCUCCCGUCCCUCCGCCGCCUCAGCCGCAUCCGUCGCCGCCGGCGGCGCUCCGUCUUCCCUCCGACCCUCCAACUCCUCCAAGCUCCUCAGCCCCGGCCGCACCAGUGCCGGCGCCGGAGCAGAGGCAGUGCCUGCCCCGCCUCUACACCCGUCGCUAAGCCGCCGCCUCCGCAACAGCGGGAGCCUCAAGGGCGGCCAGUCCCCCAUGUUCCCAUCGGGGUCCACAGGCGGUGGCCGCCGCGGCCGGGGUGGGUUCGAGCCUGCCGAGCCGUCCUCUCCCAAGGUCACCUGCAUCGGCCAGGUCCGCGUCAAGGGCGGCAAGCGCAAGGCCAAGUACGCCUCCGCCUCGGCGCUGCACUCCCGCUCCAGGCGCGGCGGGAGCGCGGAGGCCAGCUUCCGCCGCGCCGGUGACGACCGGGACGGACCCCAGGGCAAGAACCAGGGUUGGGUGUACCAGAUCCCGGUCAACAUCUGCGAGGCACUCAAGACAUUCGGCUCCUGCGGCGGCCGCUCGCUCUGCUCGCCGUCUCGGCCGGGUGGGGCUGGCGAGCGGGGGGCGCUCUCCGCCGACGCACACGGUAGCAAGAAGCGGCGCCAGCGCGCGCCGGCUGGGGGCAGCUGGCUGUGUGGCGCUGCCAUGGCGAGGUGCCUCUUGGCGAUCCAGGAGGAGGACGAUGACAUAGGAGCCGCCGUUGUGCCCACUGAGGAGAUGAGGGCGUCGGAGGUGGGGCUCGUCAUGGAAGAGUGGGAUGUCGAGGAGGAGAAGGCUGUGAUGGUGGGGGAGGUGGAGGUGGAGAAGAAAGAUGACAUCUUGGUGGUGGGGAGGGAGGAAGAAGGGAGGGUCAGCGUCUGCGUCCCCCCAAGGAACGCGCUGCUGCUAAUGCGCUGCCGUUCAGACCCAGUCCUCAUGGCUGCUCUCGCCACCCGCUUCUGGGGGUCUCCAGCUGCGGCCACCGUGGAGCAUUUGGACAAUGAAGUGGCUGGUGGCGUCGACGGUGAUGGGGACGAAGAGGAGGAUGAGGCUGAGCCAGAGGAGUGCAAAGAUGAAGCUCGUCAUUCAGCUGUUUCUGUCAAAGAUGUGAACUUUGGAGAGUGUGGUGGUGUUGAAGAUGAUGGUGGCGGAGCAGGGGAGACAAAUCAAGCACAGGCAGAAGCUGAAGAGAGCUUUAGAUUUUUUUUAGAUAAUGUAGAGAGCUUUAAAUGUGGGGAUCUUGUUGAAGAAGAUAAGGAUGGUUCACGCACAGUAGUUGUAGAGGAAGCACAGAUUGUUAGGAAAGAUGCUGCUUCGGAGGUUUCUUUGGGAGAAGACACAGUGGCAGAAAACCAAGGGCCAGGCAUGGUGGAGCUGGUGAUCAGUAAGGAGGAAGACGCUCCAGCACAAGAAAAAGUUGAGGAAGAGGUGAAAGGGAGGAGGUCAAUCAGCAACUAUUCCCCCUCGGUUGCUCUGAAGGAGGACCGCAACAAAUUGCGACGGUUGAGUAGCAGGAGACGUGUCAGUACUAGCAGCAGGGCCUCAUCGGCCAGCGAUAGGGGUGGCAGGCGACACAGCUUCUCCGCUGAGAUGGAGGCACGGCGGUCUAGCUUCUCAAGCUUGAAGGAUUCAAGGAGGGCUAGUUUCUCCAUUGAUAGAGAUGGCCGGAGGUGGAGCUUCUCAAUUGAACAGGAACAUCUCGUUGCGGAGCCUAAGGUGUUGAUGGCGUCGAGGAAGGGGAAGAAGACUUCAUCUGAGCAAGAGUUGGAGAAAGAUUGUGCUGCUGCUGUUGCUCCAAACAGUGCAGAGGAAGGCCAAGAAUCCUACGAUGAUGGAAAGGAAGAAGAAACUACUAAGAAUGGAGAGGAAGGAGAGAUACAAGAUGCAGAAACGAACCAGAAAGUUGAGAAAGUAGAAACCAGAGCUGAAGAUGGUGAGGCAGGACUGGUGAUAGAGAGGAGGAAGAAGAGCGGUGAAUUGCCGGAUUGCCUCCUCCUGAUGAUGUAUGAACCAAAGCUCUCCAUGGAGGUCUCCAAGGAGACAUGGGUCUGCAGCACUGACUUUGUCCAUUGGAAGUCUUACCAGGGCAAGAAUAACCGUAAUCGCUACCCACAAAUGGCUUCUGCUAGUGGCAAUGAUGCAGCUACUGCUACAGGGGAGCCUGAAGAUAAGGAGAAUGCUGAAGGCAGCACUAUUGCGAACAACACAGAUCCGUCAACGGUGAACUUGGCUGUGGCACCUAUGCCACCUCCAAUUGCUCAAAAUGCGCAACCACCAAAACCAGCUGCAACGGAACAGAAGAUGAAGCUAGAGCUGCCGGUGGUCACCAAUGCGGCAGCCUACACCCCAUUUGUUCUGAAACGCUGCAAGUCAGAGCCAAUGCGGUCAUCGGCGCGCCUGGCUCCCGACGCUUGUUUCUGGAAGGACCGACAUCGGCCCCUGAAUGCCACCGGAGUCGGGUUCUGAUCCUGGCCAGACGGAGCAGCUGGAGGAGGGUGUUACCCCUGCUGGUUAUUUUUUUUGUGUGUAUUUGACCAGGAAAACUACGCUGAAGUCAGGACAAGGACAUAAAUGUAGUCUGAUAGAGCUAUCUCUGAAUAUUUAUCUCUGCAUUUUAUGAUUCUGUCUGUAUGUCUGAGUCUGAAUAGGUUCUGAGUAUGUAGUCUGAUAGAGAGUCAUUCCUGAGUCUGAAUAUGGUUGAGUUUGUAGGUAUUUGUAUAUGAAUAGCUGAAUCAGUGUAUCUGCAAGGGGUGUUUGGGAGGAGGGGGCUAAACUUUAUCCCUGUCA